UUCUCCAAGCCUUUAUCUCUUCCGACCAUCUCUAGGCGAAACCCUUUGGUACCAGAAGUGGAGCCACACGCAUCUCUGCUCCGUCUGUCUGUCUCGCUCCUGCCACCUUCCGCACCCCUCCUUGGCUUCUUUGCCACUCCGGGAGGGGUGGGAGGAGGAACUGCACUUUCUUUUUAUGCAUGUGAGCGUACCUUGUCCUGCACCGCCGUUAUCUCUCACAGCCGCUCCGAACCCGCGCCGAGAUUUUCGUUUAUUUCGUUUUGUUUUUCUUUUUCAGCGUUCGUAUAUUUUCCUUUAUUUUUCACUCGAAAGAUGCAGGAGAAGUUAGGAAGCUCAGGGACGGAUGGGGGUUUCGUUUAUCUUUUUUUAUUCUCCCCUCGCCAGUUCUUGAAGGACCAGAAGAAGAACUAAACCAAACAUUCAUUUUCCGACGGCGUCUCCCCCGCUUCUGCCCCUCUCCGCCGGACCGGUGAAUUAACAAAACCUCACAUUACAACCCCCACCCCCCAAAAAAAAAGAAAAAAAAAAGAAAAAAAAAAAAGAAUAGAGAAGAAAAGAGGGAGCGACGCAUUGUUACCCCGACCCGCGGCGUGCCUGUGCGCCGGGCCGCGGCGGAACAAAGCCGGCAGCGCCGCCGGGCUCCGCGCCCCGGGCUCCGCGCCCCGGGCCCCGCGACCGGCCCGGCCCGGCCCGGGAGCGGCGGGGCUGCCGCAGGGAAGGAGAGGCUGAGGGGGCGGGAGAGAGGGAAUAAUCCCGGACGGUGCCGGUGCUGUUGCCGCAUCCCUUUUGUUAUUUAUCGCGGUCGGGGAAGAGGAGGAAGAAAACCGGGGAGAGGGCACUUUCCUCCUCUAAAACCGACCGGUCAAAGCCGCCAGUGCGCUGAAGCCGCUGCCCCGGACAAGCGGGCGGAGGAAGACUUUGAUGGGGAAAAGCUUUUUCUCCCCUGAUGCAUCGGUCAUUUGAACUGUAAAGGAAUCGCCGAGGGGGCGAGGGGACUUGGAGAGAGAGGCUAUCCAAACGACUCCACUGAGGCUCCUCCGCCCCCUCCAAGAUGAUGCUUAGCCCGGACCAAGCUGCCGACUCCGACCACCCCUCCUCGGCGCCCUCCGACCCGGAGUCCCUGGGCGGCGCGGACGCCCAGGCGCUCAGCUGCUGCGUCUCGGACCCGGAGCCCGCCGAGGGCGGCGGCGGCGAGGGCCGGGGCGGCGGCGGCGGCGGCGGGGAGGGCCGCGGCGGGGGCCGGCCCGGGCUGCACCCGCCGCCGCUGAGCCGGGAGGAGAAGCGCCGGCGGCGCCGCGCCACGGCCAAGUACCGCUCGGCCCACGCCACGCGUGAGCGGAUCCGCGUGGAGGCCUUCAACCUGGCCUUCGCCGAGCUGCGCAAGCUGCUGCCCACCCUGCCCCCCGACAAGAAGCUCUCCAAGAUCGAGAUCCUGCGCCUCGCCAUCUGCUAUAUCUCCUAUCUCAACCACGUGCUGGACGUGUAGCGCCCGACGGACGCCCGGAGCCCCGGGACCCCCAGUCCCGCCGCCCCGGGUCCGGCCGCGGCGGGCAGCGCCUUCCCCGGGGCGGGCGGCGGGCCGGGGGGUCCCUGCUGCUUGUGCUCCCCCCGGAGGGCUCCCGCCCGGUCCAGAGCCCGCUUUUCGAAGAGAAGUGUAAAACCGGAUUGUCUCUUCAGGCUGUCAAGUGCCCCUUUAUAUAUAUCCAAAAACAUCUACUUGUGACCUUAAACGUGUGACCCAUGGGUGCAGUUAAAAAUAACUAUUUUUUAUUUAUGGUAGAAGGAGUUGACAAUUUAUUUUUUUCAAGAUUUAUUUAUUUUUCAGAGUGGUGGCAAUUUUACUUUGGAUACUUCGUGCCAAUUGGUUUCUAUAGUCGGGUGUUUACACUUUCUCCUGUGGAAUAUUAUGUUUGACUUUAUGAGUGUUUGUUGGGAUCAAUACAGUGUUAAUUUUAUUUUCUUUUUAAUUUAUUUUUUCCCUCCAAUUAUAUUGCACUUGUGUACCACAACCCCCCCCCCCCCUGUUUAUAAGUAUAUUUUAUAUAUAUCAAGGCAUUUGUUCUUGACCUUUUUCUUUCUUUCCUUGUGUGGGAUCAACAACCACUAGCACUUAACUAGGAGAGUUUUUUCUUUUUUUAAAACUUGUUGUUAUUCUGAUCUAUAGUUGCGUCUGAAGAGUACUUUGAAAAUCGUUUAUAAGGGAAGUAGUUUCUUUGUGGGUGUAUAUGUGCGUGUGUGUACACAUGCAUGUGUGUGGGAGUGAGCGUGGGUGUGUAUGUGUGUGGUAUAUUUUUAGGAAAGGACAUUUUUUCCUAAAAAAAAAAGAAAAAAAAAAAGAAAGAAAAGUAAAUCCAGGACUGCUUUCCUUUGUGACAACCAAAAAAAUUCUAUAACCUGAAAAUGUUUCAUGUUCUUUGCUGUAAAUCUCUUAAAACAAGAAGCGCAUUUUAGGGACAAAAGAGAAAAAGAAAAAAAAACACAUCUGCUAUCCAAAGAUUUUAGUCUUUUUCAGGGUUUUUUUGUGUGUCUAUGUUGCUUUAUAUAAUGCAAUAUUUUGUAGUGAAAAUAGAUAAAUCUGGUUUCUAUCUGAUGCGUUUUUCAUAUCUCUCAUGAAUGGUGAGCUGUUUUGCAUAUAAAUAAAAGUAUCAAAUAAAAGCUGUUUUUUCCUAA